GCCACCUCGUCGUAAAGGCGAGAGCCACACAGCUACACGCGCGCGCCAGCCGAGCCAACGGAGCCGUACCCCGCGCUGCGCAGCACUGUGAACGCCGUCGCCGCGCCGCGCUCGACGUGCGCGCCAAAAGCAAGCAACAGCCAAUAGCGACUCGAGAUGGCGGAGACCCAGCCCACCCAACCCCCGGGCUCCCAGGCAGACCAUGUCGCCACAUUACAAACCAUGUUCCCCCACAUCCCGGAACCGGCGCUGCGCCGCGCGCUGGAAGUGUCGGGGACGCCCGACCUCGCCGCGACUUUACUGUUGGAGAACCCGUGGCAGGCCUUCAUGCCCGAGCAGCAGCAGGCGCCGCCGCCCCAAGAUGAUGAUGAGGAGGACGAGGAGGAGCCGGAAGCACCGCCACCAGCACCGGCCGAGCCCGCUCGUAAAAGGCGCAAGGUUACUCCGGAGGAUAAGCCCCCGAACGCCGGCGACGCCACCUACGACUGCCUCUUCGACGAAGUGCGCACGAAGAAGUCGUCUUUACAAUUGAUGAACCUCGGUCCCAAGAAACUGGCGCACACAAGAGUCGCGUUACUCCACUCCGGCGCCAAGGACACGUAUGACCAGGCGGGCGGCUACUGGCUCGUGCCGUUAUCUUUACAGGACUUAGAUGAGACGUGGUGGAAGGUCCUCACUCCGCAUUUGGAGCGGAAGGCUCUUGGUAGAGCUGUGGAAUUUCGCAGUUUGCCCGAGGGGCCCAACAUGCCUGAUGUGGCGUUUGAUGAUUUAGAAGCGGCGCAGACGCGUCGAGCGAACCGGCCGAGACCGCCUCGUCGAGCCGGGGCUCCGGCUGAAGCCGCGGCCAUCGUGGCCGCGUUAGUUGCGCCCUGCUCUGAUGAUACGUCAGACAAGGUCGGCAAAUAUCUAGCCCAGCUCUUCCCGGCCAAGUGCCCCCUGCAUUUCUGUGAGAUGAAGGGGGGUUCCAAGGUCGAGUCGAAAGUGCUCACGAAGGACUGGCACGAGUCGCACUCCACCAAACGCGUGUCUAGGGUCCAAGAAGAAGCCAAGAAGACGAGUCUGCUGGCGCCCAUCGCCGCCAAGAAGUACCGCUACGAUAUUGAGUCCAGAGCUACUGAGGGGUGGAAGGUUGUCGAGGAGGCGUCCGCGUAAGCAUACUAAUCUCCG